AUGGCGCCAAGAAUCUAUGAAGAAAUUGAUGUCGUUACAAUUGGUGAUAAAAAAUUACCUACAAAUCCUUCCGAUAAGGAUCGUCGCGCGUUACAAAAUAAAGUUGCAUACAAAAUCUCAAAUCGUAUGGUGAAAACAGUAAACGGUCUCAGAACAAUACCACCACGUCGUAGCGGUUCUGUUGAAUAUCCCUAUACACCAGCAAGCAGUAACAGUCCAGUCAAAUCACUGGCUAAUUCACGUUACCCUUCACAACUGCUUAUGACUGUACUCUCCGAUGGUACUACUGCACCUAUUAAUAUCAUUAACGAUAAAACACGCAAACGUGUAAAUGGUAAUGUUUUGAUCAAUACAUCAAACAAUGCUGACUACUCAUUACCACCUAAUAAAAAAUAUCGUGGUAAGAAGUCAAAGAACGGUAGUGUCAGCACAACGACGACAAGCAUUAAUGGUACUGCCAAUGGUGCGCUCAGACGUCAUUAUAGUUUGGAUGAAGCUGCCGAUACAAUUGAGAAACGUAAUUUACAUAACGAUAUGGAACGUCAACGUCGUAUUGGCUUAAAGAAUUUAUUCGAAGCUCUGAAGAAACAAAUACCAAGCAUUAAAGAUAAAGAGCGUGCCCCAAAAGUGAAUAUACUACGUGAAGCAGCAAAAUUGUGUGAUGCGCUGGUGGUAGAAGAUAGACGACUCGCAGAGCAACGUGCAGUUUUAAUGGAACAGUUAAAAAAGCGUCAGGAGCAAAAGUUAAUUUUGUUAGAACAACUGAGAAAGCGACACGAUUUAAAACCACAUCUCAUCAUACAUCGGGAUUGA